GGAGAAUCGGCCAGACGCUCGGUGCGGCGCCCAACGCGCUGUCAAGGUCCAUUUUUUCUGAAACUACCGUGGUCCGAGAGUUUGGGGCGGCACACCUUGGAAUUAGAGCAUGGAGCCGCGAGGGUGUCAAGUGGAGGUGCGGCGCGCCGGCGGCCAGAAGAGGAAGGUAGAAACAAGCGCACGUGAGGGCUGGGCGCCGGCGCAGGAACGCUUGGCCAGCCAAUUCCUCGACAUUCACUCCUCCCUCUUGCAGCCAAUCCAUCGGCCGCCGAGCACACAGCGAGAUAUCGACCCCAACGACUUGCCGCUUCGGGCAGCUCGCAAGUGGCCCUCGACACCAAGCUUCGCUCCGCCCGCGGCGGCGCCCAGCCAAGGCGAAGGAGGGUGGACUGCUGAUAGGGGUGGAGCCCAGGUGUGCUCUACACGACCGAUUCGGCCCCUUAUCAGCCCUGAGCGGCCAAACAGAGCGGCCGGUGGAGCGUGUCGCGCGAUAGUCGGGCUGCUCCAGUCUACCCCGGAGCUACUCGCGUCACGCCAAGCACCCCGCCGCCGCGUGCCAAUGCCAUCCCGGCGCCUCCAAGAGCCGCCAUGCCGCUAGCAAAGACGAUGGUCAUAUAAACUGGUCUUGGAUCCAUAGUCCUAGCCAGCAUUCGCCAUCGCGCCCGCCACCACGGCCAAUCACCGCGGGUCCAGGUAUCGCGCUGGCGCACGUCCCCGUCUCUGGGUGGUUGAGCUGCUCCAGGUGAACGGCCGCAGGCGUCGUCC